AUGGUCUCUCGAUGCGCAUGCGCAUUCGACGCGCGACGCAACAGUCAUUAAAUAAGAGCGUUUUGGUCGACGCUCCUCGCGUCUAGUCAUCACGCCUACGGGAUCGUCGGGGCUGUUUUGUGGGGUACGCGAUCCCGCGAUUUCGUCGCGCAUAUAUUCGCGCGAGAGAGGAUGUUCCUGACGCCGCGACGCGGCAUCUCGUGAUACGUACACACUCGGGGACACGCGUUGGCAUGCGGUGACGUCAUCCGGAUCGUUCUAGAAGAAUUUCCGCGAAACAAAAAUGGCGGAUCUAUACGCGAAGUACAACUGCACCUAUUGCCAGGAGGACAUUGCGGGCUUGCGUGUCAAGUGCAUCGAGUGUCCCGAAUUCGACCUUUGCCUGCAGUGUUUUUCUGCUGGUGCUGAAAUUGGCCAACACAAAAAUAAUCAUGCCUAUCAGUUUAUGGAUUCUGGUACAAUUAGUAUAUUUAAUGGACGUGGUAAUUGGACAGCUAGAGAAGAAGUUAGGCUUCUGGAUGCUAUUGAACAAUUUGGAUUUGGAAAUUGGGAAGAUAUCAGUAAACAUAUCGAAACACGCACACCAGAUGAGGCAAAGGAAGAAUAUAUCGCUAGAUAUCUCAAUGGUAAUAUCGGAAAGCAUACUUGGCCAUCUACAGAGAGCUAUGAACCAAAUCUUACGGAUCAAACCAAAUCUGAUCAUGGCCCACUGUCGCCUGAUCUCACAUCCAGAUUACCACCAUUAGAUAUCACUCCAGAAGAAGCCACACAAUUGGGUUACAUGCCUCAACGAGAUGAUUUUGAGAGGGAUUAUAAUCAUGAGGCCGAAUCUCUCGUUUCUUCGUUAUUCCUAAAUCCUGAGGAGCAUGAUGAUCUUGACAUCGCACUUAAAUUAGCACAAGUUGAUAUGUACACCAAUAAUUUAAGAGAGCGAGCAAGGCGAAAACGUGUCGUAAGAGAUUAUCAACUUGUGUCGGCUUUCUUUGCAUCAUCCAGAAAAGACAAAGGAAUAAAAAAGAAACAUACAAAAGAAGAAAAAGAAUUUAGGGACAGAAUGCGUGUAUUCGCACAGUUUUACACAGCACAAGAGCACGAACAGUUCCUAACAAAUCUCGAGAGGGAAAGAGAAUUGCGCUUACGGCUUUCGGAGCUUUAUCGAUAUCGUGAGAACGGCAUAACAAGGCACGAAGAAUGCGCUCAUCUGGAACAGGUUCUCGCGCAAACCCAGAGACAAAACGACACAACGGAUCAUUGGAUAGACAAAAAAUCUGGCAGCAGUGGGCCGUUCACACCAAUACACCGCAACACCUCAAAAAGAAGAGAAGAAGAAAAAAGUUACUCUUUCAUCGACCGAAAAUACACUAUAAAGCAAGACUUGCCCAGCAACUCCACAAUCAAUCAAACCAGUCACAAUCGGACGAUGAUUCCAGCCAAUCAGUGGGUGGAAUCGGAUAGCAAUCCUACUUCCAGUCAAUCAACUUGCAGCCCCAAUUCUAUGCAAGAAAAGAAAAAUUACAGCACCGAUACUGCUUGCACCCAAGAGCGAAACAUAGAAUUGGAGGCUGCAUCUCAUCUUUUAACACCACAAGAAAAGUCCUUGUGUAUUCAACUUGACUUAGAACCGACUGCGUAUUUAACGCAAAAAACAAUGGUAAUAGAUGCAUAUUUGGAAAAUAAUAGGAGAUUGAAUGUUUUAACUCAAUCAGAACGGCAAAGCAAAAUUCUUCAUUAUUUGGUAACUAAUGGCUUGAUUGCAGCUAAUUGAUUAAACAAAUAAAAAUUUGCAACAUUAUAUCAUUCUAAGUCAUCUUUAAUCUUGCAAGCUAAGUCCUAGGUAUAGGAAUUUGAGUCUGAUAAUAUGUAGGGCAGUUAAAUAAAUAAAAAAAUGAGAAAGUAAGAAGAAAUGCAUGCAUAUAUGUUGCUGCUAAUUGUUUUGCAUAUGUGCUGUUGAUACUUUUUUCACACAGUAAUUUAAAUAUUUUUAUGUAAUACGCAGGUUUAUUGGCAUAGGAUCGAAUAGAUAAUCAGACGCAAUCUACGUAUUUAACGUCUAUAAUAAUGCGUGUAGGACCGACUCUAUAAUGAUAUAAACUCAUCAGUUUCUGAUUUUUUUUUCAGAUUGAUUAUAUUACAGAGAUAAUAGAUAAUUUAGUCAAUCAUGAUAAAUUUUAACAAAUUUUUAAUAGAUUCGGUCCAUAAAAUAUUAUAUUUUACUUAUCAUUUUCAGAAUUUUAUGAAUGCUAUUUGAGGAAAUCUCUAACACUGCCUAUGUGUAGAGCCAUGAACAUGUUGCUCAAUUAAUUCUUCCAUUUUAUUAUUUGUGCAUAUACAGAUUAUGCUCAUGAACACUUUUAUUUGUUCUAAAUCUCAAGUAUGGUAACAAUUUUUUUAAAUUACAAAUAAAAGAAUUUUUGAAUCAUUAAAUAGAUUUUAUACAGUUACAUACAAAUUAAACAAGUAUGCCUUGCAUACAAUUUGCAAGAUAUAUAAUGUAUACUGUACAAUAAUAUAUUCUAAUCACGCAGAUUGUUGAUUUAUAAAUUUACAUAUUACUUUAAAAUUUUUUUGCAAAAUAAGAUUUUUUAUUGCAUUGUCUUGACUAAUCCAAUGCAUAUAGCAAUAUUUGAAAAAUUCUUUUAUUUGUGUAAAAGAAAUUGUUAUUCGACAAUAAAGAAAUAUAUCGAGAUUACUAAAAUAUUUCUAAUUUGGAAGUAAUCAUGAUGCAUAAAACAUACCAAAUGUGUUGAAAGCAUUUUAAGACAGCGUAGUUGUAUUUCACGAAAAUAUUUAGCUACUUAAUUAUUAUUAUUGUUAUAAUAUUAGUAUAUUUGGUAAAUUGUAAUGUAUAUCACAAAAUAUUGCUAUUCACAUUGGAUUAAUUAUAAUUAAUGAUGUGAUAUCUAAAAAGACCUUGAAAACUUUUGUGACUUAUAUGACACACUGAACAUCAUUUAAGCUAACUGACAUUAAAAGGUAUCAAACAAUUUUUCGUUUAUGUAGAACGUGAAGAUUGGAAAUUAGAAACAUUUUGUAAUUUAUAUAACACAUUGAGCAUCAUCCGGAUUAACAUUAGAGAAUAUCAAACAAUUUUUUCAUUUAUUUGGAAAGUGAAGACUGGAAGUUAGAAAUUCUUUGUGAUUUAUAAAAUAUCUUCUUAUUUCACAAAAAGUUGAAAUGAUAAAUUACUACAUUGAUUAUUCCUAUAAUUUAUAUAAUUAAAAUAUUCUAAUUUUAUGUGUCUUGUAAAUUACAUGCAGGGUAUAGUUGUAUAAUCUGUAGUAAUUAUCUGUAGUAUGUUCGACAAUUGAAAAAUUCUUUUACUUACGUUAAAAAAAUUCCUUAUCGACGAAGAAUGGUACAAAUAGUGUUACAUAUGCAACAUCGAUAAUAUGGAAUGUAUAUUAGAUAAUUUAUCUGUCGCUUUAUGUGGCAUUUGUACAUAUGAUGAGAGACUUUUUUUUAGAGAUAAUGUAAAGCACAAAGAAUUAUACGAUUCUGCAGCAUA